UUUUGCCUUUGCCGAAAUAUGUCCCAGCAAUGUCAUGCUCUGAGAGAUCCGUGUCCGGCCAGUUUCCGGUUAACUAUUUAAUAAGUGGAGGCGCUAAGGAGCCACACUGUACACCCCGUCAACCUGAGGGCUUCGUCCAGGACUAUCGAGUGCAACAUAAUUGGGGAUCCGUGCCAAGUCCAACCAGACUGGGAGAAAUGAAGGAGCUCCACCAGUACCUCCACCAGCCACUCCUCCACCAGCAGCAGCAGCAGCAGCACCAUGGCGUGUGCUUGCCUGCACAUCAGUUCCUCCCGGGAAUGGUGAACUGGGCAGAGCACCCGCAAGCCAGCCGCGGACAGCAGCUAGGUCCUUUCCACUACACCAUGUCCAACAUAAAAGACGAGUCCUAUUUCUUUUUUGACACAGACAAACACUCAAAACCCUUGCCAGACGCUUCUGCUUUUACGAGGCUUAUGUCAGAGAUGGGCUCCCUGAGCAACGCUAGCGGAAAACUCCAAGGCUGCUUCCGUCCAGACCAAUCCUACACCGCAUUCAAACCCGUUGAAUACACCCAGCCCCACAUAUCUCCCGCUGCCCACUCGCUAGCAUCAGACUCAGACUCGGCCACUCAUCUGCUCGAUUUAAACUACCCGACGCCACAGCCGCCUUGCACAGAGUCGGAUAAAAGGGACAGCAAUGACCGGUCUGUGUGCGACUCUGUCUCUUUACCUCAGAAGAGCAAUAACAACAUGAAGGAGGAGGGAGUUGAAACGCUUUUACUGCAAAAGAAGCCACCUUCAGAGUUUCCUGCAGACGAUAAAACUCCUGGCCAGGAUACGCAAGGGCACGGAGGGGUUGAAAACGCACUAGGCAGUUGGCUGACAGCAAAGGCUGGAAGGAAAAAGAGAAGCCCUUACAGCAAACACCAGACCCUGGAGCUGGAGAAGGAGUUCCUGUUCAACAUGUACCUGACUCGAGAGCGCCGCCUAGAGAUCAGCCGCGGCGUCGACCUCACAGACAGGCAGGUCAAAAUCUGGUUCCAGAACCGCAGGAUGAAACUGAAAAAGAUGAGCCGGGAGCACAGGGUCCGAGAUGUGACCGCACACUUCUCCAUAUGAGUCCAGUGGAAUCUCAAACACGAAAAGAAGCGAACACGCAAACAAUUUCUAUAUAAACACAGACCCGUGUGGUGGCCAUUCGCAGACCCGUCCAUUUACAGACUUUCAAAACAACGAAACAAAUCGAAACAUGUGGGUCAAAAUUAAUGGUAAAAGCGGUAAAAGGAAACUAUUCCCACGAGAGGACAAACGAACUGAAAAUAGCAUUGCAUGAAGGUAUGUUUACGCUCAAGUCCAACAAAGUUCUCGUUUUGUAUAAUAAUAAUAAUAAUAAUAAUAAUAAUAAUAAUAAUAAUAAUAAUAAUGCAUUUUUUUGUAUAGGUUCCGGCCUUUCCAGUAUAAACCGAUCACCUUAUAUAUUAUUUAUUUUGGUUUCAUUUAAACAGUUUUUUUCGAAAGGGUAAAAUGGACACUCGUUACUCCAAGAAUGACUGAUUCUAUGGGUAUAAAUAUCUAUCUAUCUAUCUAUCUAUCUAUCUAUCUAUCUAUCUAUCUAUCUAUCUAUCUAUCUAUCUAUCUAUCUAUCUAUCUAUCUAUCUAUAAUACAUAGCGCAAGUACAAGAAUACACUAAUGUCAUCUCCCCCCAAGUUAACGUUUUGUAUUAAAACGCCUACUUCAUUAUUUCAUAUCAAGUUUUACAUUUUUGAUGUCAAUAAAUAUUGUUUUUGCUGACGUUGGAUAGGUUGUGAGGGCAGGGGACUGUGGUGAUAAUAAUAUCAAAGACUGCAAACCGUUUCUUUAUAUGUAAGUUUGGAAAAUGCAUUUAUGUUAUUUGUUAAAAAACAAAAACAAAACAAAAACAAACAC